GAUAUAUAUGCAUAAGACAAACAACAUAUAUUCUAAUCAAUAUAGAAGCUAGCUAGCUAUCUAGAUUCGAUUCUCUCUUUUGGUUCUUGCACUUUUAAUUUCUAUGGCAAGUCAAAUCCGAAUUGUGCUCUUCAUCUUCUUAUUAUUUGGGAGGAGCAAGUACUGUUUCAGUGCUGUUCACGAAAAUGGAAGCGCUAAUAGUGUAGGAGGAUCAAAGAAAGUGGUACGAGUUGGUGUGAUUCUUGACUCCGAUUCUGGGGUUGGGAGGAUGACACGAAGUUACAUAUCCAUGGCGAUUUCUGACUUCUAUGCUACAUAUCCGUAUUAUCAGACGAGAAUCUCUCUUUCUGAGAAAAACUCUGAGAAAGAUGCUGUUGUUGCAGCAUCAGCAGCUUUAGAUUUGAUGAAGAAUGAUGGAGUGCAGGCUAUAAUAGGGCCAAUGUGGUCAACAGAAGCCAAGUUUGUGAUCAGUCUUGGAAAUAAAGCUCAAAUUCCUAUCAUUUCUAUUUCAGCUUCUAGCCCUUCUUUCUCUCCAAGCCAGAACCCAUUUUUCAUUCGGACAUGCCGAGAUGAUAAGUCUCAGAUAAAACCUCUUGUGUCCAUUGUUCAACAAUUCGGUUGGCGCCAAGUCAUUGUAAUCUACGAAGACACAGAAUUCGGCAACGGUUUCAUUCCAUAUUUGACAGAUUCCUUACAGCAAAUUGAAACUCGGGUUGUUUAUAGAAGUGUCAUUUCUGCAUCUUCCAAAAGACAGAGUAUUUGGAAAGAGCUUGAGAAGAUAAAGGCAAUGGAGACAAGGGCAAUAUUGGUACACAUGACCGCUUCUUUUGGAUCCGAACUGUUUCCUAUUGCAGAGGAGGCAGGAAUGAUGAGUAAAGGGUAUGUUUGGAUAAUCACUGAUGGGUUAUCAACUUUGUUAGAUCCAAUUGAGAAAAAUGUUAGUGAUUCUAUCCAUGGUGUUUUGGGUUUGAGGCCAUAUGUGCCCAAUACAAAGCAUCUUGAAGAAUUCAAAACCAGAUUCAAUGUUUCAGAGAUAAACAUUUAUGGUCUAUGGGCAUAUGAUACCAUUUGGGCAUUGGCUAAGUCUGUGGAAUUGGUAUUUUCACAUUUGAACUCAACUAAAACUGGUGUUGGCGGCUUAAGAGUCUCGGAAUUAGGUCCACAGCUUCUUGAAAAGUUACUGUCUACCAGAUUUGAAGGCCUAAGUGGAGAAUUCCGUCUGAUUAGAGGGCAGUUGCAAGUAGAAAAAUUCGAAAUAAUCAAUGUGAGAAGGACAAAAGGUGAGGAAGUUAUUGGAUAUUGGACCGAGAAGAAAGAAAUAUAUAUUGAUUCAGGGGGAAAUGGCAAAGUAGCAAAUUCAAGCUCCAUUGAUGAACUAAAGGAGAGAAUCAUUUGGCCUGGAUAUUAUCAUGCAAAAGUCCCACCACCCAAAGGUUGGGCAAUACCGGUAUCAGGUAACAAGUUGAGGAUUGGGAUCCCUUUCCUAGCUGAUUAUUUUAAAGGAUUUGUGGAUAUAAAAUGGGAUCCUAAAACUCUCAAGGUCACCAACAUCACAGGUUUCUCCUACGAUGUCUUCGUUGCUGCAUUACAAAAAUUACCAUUUGAUGUUCCGCAUGAGUUUUUUGCAUAUGUAAACAACUCUGGCCAAAUGAACGGGACUUACAAUGAUCUUCUUUACCAGAUUAAGCUUGGGAAUUAUGAUGCUGUAGUGGGAGAUACAACAAUUAUUGCAAAUAGGACCGCUUAUGUUGAUUUCACAUUGCCAUAUUCCGAAUCAGGGGUUUGGAUGGUUGUGAAAGUUAAAGAUGAGAAAACCAAAAGUAUUUGGAUUUUUCUCAGACCUCUGAAAUGGACUCUUUGGUUGACAAUUGCAGUAGCCUUCCUGUCUACAGGUUUCAUAGUAUGGAUUCUUGAACGUCGUACAAACAUAGACUUGAGGGGUCCAACACACCAACAGCUUAGCGAAGUUUUUUUGUUCUCCUUUUUAACUCCUGUGUUUGCUCAUGGUGAAAGGGUGGAGAAUCACUGGUCAAGAUUUGUGCUAACCAUCUGGGUUUUUGUGGCAUUCAUUGUUAUACAAAGUUACACUGCUAGCUUAGCCUCAAUCUUGACAGUGCAAAGGAUGCAGCCAUCAUUUGUCAAUGUCAACGAGUUAAGGAUGAAGGAUUGUUAUGUUGGAUACACAGUGAAUUCUUAUGUGAGAGAGCUUUUGACAGGACAAUUGAACUUCAAGAAAUCCAGGCUAAGACCCUAUGCUUCCCAUGAGGAGUUUCACCGAGCAUUGUCUAAAGGAAGCAAAAAUGGUGGAGUCGAUGCUAUGUUCGAAGAAAUUCCUUACGCGAAGCUCUUCCUUUCCAAGUAUUGCUCUAGAUACACAACCGUCGGAACAACCUACAAAUCUGAUGGCUUUGGCUUUGCCUUCCCAUUAGGAUCUCCACUUGUACCUUACAUGUCAAGGGCGAUCCUGAAUGUGACUGAAGAUCAUAAGAAGAUGGAAGAAUUGGAACUCAAGUAUUUUUCAUAUCAAAGCAAAUGCCAAGUUUAUAGUUCCACAUCCCCCGCAAACAGUCAUGGUCUUAGUGCUGUCAGUUUUGGUGGCCUUUUCAUCAUGAUGGGACUCACUUUACUGUUUUUUUGCUUGAUAUUUUUGGUUAAAUCUGGGUGCGUUAGGACUUGUCUUCGAGCAAUGCUAUAGAAAGCUCUGUUUUGCAAUGAGAACUGAAUCAAAUAUCAGUAGAGCUCUUGUAGCUUUCCCUAGUCAAAGAAUUAGUCGAAUGUAACUCCUAUUGCAAAAAUUAGAAUUACUUUAGUCAAGGGCCGUUAAUAAAUGUCCCAUUUAGUCAUAAUGUAUAGGUAAACUUAUGUUUAGGAGGUUUUUUGAAUCAAGGAGU